AUGUGUGAUGAUGAUGUUAGAUUGGGACCUCAUGUUAUUGUGAUGUGUUUCCUGCUGUACUGCUGCUGUUGCUGCCGUCAACGUGAGGAGACGUCUGUCAAGGAGGGUGCUUCCUUGGAGCGUCAAUUUCUCCAGCUGGGCGAGGACCCCUUAAUGUGGGAUACGCAAUUCCGUGAUGUCACUUCCGAAGAAAGCCAUGACUCGUCCCAUUUCCCGGCCUCCCCACCACCAUCCCCAGUAGAUGUUGAAAAGAAAAAGUCGGUUAAAUUUUCAAUGCUUAGCCCAUUGAAUUCAAACCUUCACCUGCAUAAUGAACCUGGGGUCCCUGUAAGGGGGAUCAUUAAAGAUCCCUCAAGGAACAUUGGAAGGCGGUCUAAUCAGGUAUGA